GCAGAAGACUUCUAUUUAUCCCGUUUUACCGAAGACCGUGUUGCGGAAUCCGCGAAAUCGUGUUUCAUUAUGCUGUCGAGGUUCGCUUUGAACUCGUCCCUUCCUCGGGUGACCUGCAUCCGCACUUGUGCUGUUGCGAAUACUGGAGACUCCGGCGUUGAGCGAUUGAUACCCGCUCCUACGUAUCCAAGCAAGAAAGCUGAACAGUCGCCGGAGCGUGACACCAAGAACUUCCCAAGGGUUAAAAGACCAGAUGAGCCCGGCAAGUGCCGGCUGUUCUUCAUUCCGGAAGAGUACUUCCAGUUUUUCUAUCCGAAAACUGGCGUUACUGGUCCCUACGUAUUCGGUGCUGGCCUGAUGACUUAUCUGUUCAGCAAGGAAAUCAUGGUGUGCGAGCAUGAAUACUACGCAGGAUUAACCUUUGCUCUCGUCAUCUAUAUGGGAAUAAAGUUAGCCGGGCCCGAGCUGCAGACUGCCAUCAAUAAUGGAGUGAAGGAAGAAGAUGACAAAUACAGGAACUUGAAAUCGAAUGCCGUCGAAGUACUGGAGGAAUCCAUCAAGGAUGAAAAGCAUGCGCAAUGGCAAGCUCAAGGGCAGAAAUUGCUCUUCGACGCUAAGCGAGAAAAUGUUGCUGUUCAGCUUGAGGCUGCUUUCCGCGAACGACAAAUGGCCGUUUAUCGAGCUGUAAAAAAUCGCUUGGACUAUAAGCUCGAAAUGGACAACGUAACACGUCGAUUCCAACAUCAUCACAUGGUUAAUUGGAUCGUCAGCCAAGUCCGCAAGAGCAUCACGCCAGAAUUGGAGAAGAAGAGCAUAAAUCAGUCUAUCCAGGACUUGAAAAAUUUGGCUGCUCGCGUUUGAGGCGGUCAGCUUCCUUCUAAGUGGAAGGUUUCAUCUCGUCGUUGAAUUGUAGGAUUAAAAUUAAAACAAGUAAACGAAGGAGAAGAAAGUGUGCGACGCUCGCCAAGUUCCUUGAUUAUGUUUGAACUCUUACGUGUGCAAUGGUGGGGAAUGAAAGAGCGAUGUGCUGUCAACAUCGGGAACUUCUGUCUGCAUCUCCAUUUCUGCCUUUCGAACCCAGUUGAAAUACAGACGGUGUAUGUUA